AUGGCUCGUUGCGAGCGGCUGCGCGGCGCGGCCCUGCGCGACGUGCUGGGCCGGGCGCAGGGGGUCUUGUUCGACUGCGACGGGGUGCUGUGGAACGGCGAGCGCAUCGUGCCGGGCGCCCCAGAGCUGCUGGAGCGGCUGGCGCGGGCCGGCAAGGCGGCGCUGUUCGUGAGCAACAACAGCCGGCGCGCGCGGCCCGAGCUGGCCCUCCGCUUCGCGCGCCUCGGCUUCGGGGGACUGCGCGCCGAGCAGCUCUUCAGCUCCGCGGUGUGCGCUGCGCGCCUGCUGUGCCAACGCCUGCCCGGGCUGCCCGACGCGCCGGGCGCGGUGUUCGUGCUGGGCGGUGAGGGGCUGCGCGCAGAGCUGCGGGCUGCGGGGCUUCGUCUGGCGGGGGACCCCGGCGAGGAACCGGGCGCGGGCGGCGGCGCGGCCCCGCCCGUGCGCGCCGUGCUCGUGGGCUACGACGAGCACUUUUCCUUUGCCAAGCUGAGCGAGGCGUGCGCGCACCUGCGUGACCCCGACUGUUUGCUCGUGGCCACCGACCGGGACCCGUGGCACCCGCUCAGUGACGGCAGCCGAACUCCCGGCACCGGGAGCCUGGCCGCGGCAGUGGAGACGGCCUCGGGUCGCCAGGCCCUGGUGGUGGGCAAGCCCAGCCCCUUCAUGUUCGAGUGCAUCACAGAGCACUUCAGCGUGGACCCCGCCCGCAUGCUCAUGGUGGGCGACCGCCUGGAGACCGACAUCCUCUUCGGCCACCGCUGUGGCAUGACCACCGUGCUCACGCUCACGGGCGUGUCCCGCCUAGAGGAGGCCCAGGCCUACCUGGCAGCCGGCCAGCUCGACCUCGUGCCCCAUUACUAUGUGGAGAGCAUUGCGGACUUGAUGGAAGGGUUGGAGGACUGAGCCCACUGACCUGCAACU